CGCCGUCACUUGCUCCGAUCCUCCCUACCUGUUGCUUUUGAACUGGCGCAGCUCGCAUCCAUCUAAAAGCCUUAACUAUUCUGUUAUCUCUCCUGUGGAGAUCUGUUCCCAUUGAUAGCUGAAAUUCGGGUUGGGAGAUGCACACGGCUACCAGCAGCUAUCCGAUGGCGUCCCUCUAUGUAGGGGACCUACACCCCGAUGUCACGGAGGCCAUGCUGUAUGAGAAGUUCAGUCCAGCAGGACCUGUCUUAUCAAUACGAGUCUGCAGGGACAUGAUCACACGGAGAUCGCUGGGAUAUGCCUAUGUCAACUUCCAACAGCCUGCAGAUGCUGAACGGGCUCUGGACACUAUGAACUUUGAUGUGAUCAAAGGGAAGCCCAUCCGGAUUAUGUGGUCACAGCGGGAUCCAUCACUUAGGAAAUCUGGUGUGGGCAAUGUUUUCAUAAAAAACCUUGACAAAUCAAUUGAUAACAAAGCACUUUAUGACACUUUUUCUGCAUUUGGCAACAUUCUUUCAUGUAAGGUGGUGUGUGAUGAGAAUGGCUCCAAGGGUUACGCUUUUGUGCAUUUUGAGACACAAGACGCUGCAGACAGAGCCAUUGAGAAGAUGAACGGCAUGCUGCUGAACGACCGCAAAGUGUUUGUUGGGCGUUUUAAAUGCAGACGGGAGAGGGAAGCCGAACUCGGAGCCAAAGCCAAGGAAUUCACAAAUGUUUACAUCAAGAAUUUUGGAGAAGAUAUGGACGAUGAGCGACUAAAGGAGACUUUUAGCAAAUACGGCAAGACUCUGAGCGUUAAGGUGAUGACUGACCCGAGUGGCAAGUCCAAAGGGUUUGGCUUUGUCAGCUUUGAAAAACAUGAAGAUGCAAAUAAGGCGGUGGAUGACAUGAAUGGAAAAGAUGUCAACGGAAAGGUGAUGUUUGUCGGCAGAGCGCAAAAAAAGGUUGAGCGACAGGCAGAGCUGAAACGGCGAUUUGAGCAGUUGAAGCAAGAAAGAAUCAGCCGCUAUCAGGGUGUAAAUUUAUAUAUUAAAAAUCUGGAUGACACAAUCGAUGAUGAGAAGCUGCGGAAGGAAUUUUCCCCAUUUGGGUCAAUAACAAGCGCCAAGGUAAUGCUGGAGGAUGGCCGUAGUAAAGGAUUUGGAUUUGUUUGCUUUUCUUCACCUGAAGAGGCCACUAAAGCAGUCACUGAAAUGAAUGGGAGAAUUGUAGGCUCCAAACCUCUUUAUGUAGCACUGGCUCAAAGAAAGGAGGAAAGAAAAGCCCAUCUUACGAAUCAGUAUAUGCAGCGUAUAGCUGGAAUGAGGGCCCUGCCUGCCAAUACUCUAAUUAGCCAAUUUCAACCAGCUCCUGGAGGGUAUUUUGUGCCAGCAGUUCCACAGGCUCAAAGCAGACCUACAUACUACGCCCCGAAUCAUAUAGCUCAAAUGCGCCCUGGUCCACGAUGGCAGCAAGCAGGACGUCCUCAGGGCUUUCAGCCCAUGCCUAACACAGUGCGACAAAGUGGUCCCCGCCAAUCAAUACGCCAUAUGCCACCUUCAAGUUCUCAGGGCACACGUGGUAUCUCCAGCGUAGCCCAGAGAGUUGGGGUUUCUUCUGCUACUCAGACACUAGGACCUCGUCAGCCAAUUUCUGUUCUACCAUCCCGACCUGUGCCUCAGUACAAAUAUACACGAUGUCCACUCCCUGGAGUGCAACCACUACAGACUCCUCAACCUGCAGUCCAUGUACAGGGACAAGAACCUCUUACGGCCUCAAUGUUGGCUGCUGCUCCACCACAAGAACAAAAACAGAUGUUAGGAGAACGUCUCUUCCCUCUUAUACAAGCCAUGCAUCCCUCAUUGGCGGGUAAGAUAACAGGAAUGUUGCUGGAGAUUGACAAUUCUGAGCUGCUACACAUGCUGGAAUCCCCAGAGUCUCUGCGCUCUAAGGUGGAAGAAGCUGUUGCUGUUUUGCAAGCUCACCAAGCCAAGAAAGAUGCUGCUCAGAAGGUGGGGAUCGUUGCUGCUACCUCCUGAACCAGGACAAUCUCGAAAAAAGAAGCCAAAUCUCAGAAUUUUGGAGUGUUUGGGAAAUCUCCAUUAGGAGUCUUGUCUCCUUUUACAUGCUGCUUAUCUCUGCCAGAGAUACUGUCUUGUUUGUUAAACAUGAGGACUAUGCACUAUGUCGCUUUAUGCUGUUGGGAUGAUAAAUCGCCUUUCAGGUGAGCGCUUCUGGGAUCCUUUCUCUGGAGAUCCCAAAAUGUUUUCUUCAGAUUGCAAACGAUUUUUGCAGUUUUGAGUAUGGAGACUUUGUUUGAAUGUGACAUCCAAAUGGUUUAUCAGUGAAAUAA